GGCCCAGGGGUAUUCCCUCCAGUCACCGCCACUGAGCGUCUCUUGCACACUCCCUUCCCUCCGUGUGCGACCGAUAUCUUCUUCAAUUCCUGUCAUCAUGCACAUCGCACAAGCACACGUUGAACGUGCAAUUGAGCAGAUCCAGCACAAGAAGCCACCGCCCGAUAUCGACUUCACGCAGCACGUACUUGAAGAUGGCAACACAAUCAGCACACAAGAGCGGGUCGUCAAAGAUGUGCAAGCACCAGCUAUGAACGUUCCGACAGAUGCCCAGUUUUUCUCCAGACAAGAUCCCACCAAACCUGACAUAGCGUUCCUCAAGAACCACUUUUACCGCGAAGGCCGUGUCACCGAGGAUCAGGCGAUAUGGAUUUUGGAAAAGGCAACUGCGCUCCUUCGUGCGGAGCCCAACGUCUUGCAGGUUGACGCGCCAAUCACAGUUUGUGGCGAUAUCCAUGGUCAAUAUUACGACCUUAUGAAACUGUUCGAAGUUGGUGGCAGUCCAGCGGACACACGGUACCUUUUCCUUGGGGAUUACGUUGAUCGGGGGUACUUCAGUAUAGAGUGUGUGUUGUAUCUAUGGUCGCUCAAGAUCUGGUAUCCCGAUACCCUCUUCCUUCUCCGUGGCAAUCAUGAAUGCCGGCAUCUCACAGAUUAUUUCACCUUCAAGCUCGAAUGCAAGCACAAAUACUCAGAGCGUAUCUAUGAUGCCUGCAUGGACUCCUUUUGUGCCCUUCCCCUUGCUGCCGUCAUGAACAAGCAAUUCCUGUGCAUCCACGGUGGUCUUUCACCAGAGCUGAACACUUUGGAUGAUAUUAGAGCGAUCGACCGGUUCCGCGAGCCUCCGACACACGGAUUGAUGUGCGAUAUUCUAUGGUCAGAUCCUGUAGAAGACUUUGGACAAGAGAAGAUGAAUGAAAGCUUCGUGCACAAUCACGUCCGGGGUUGUUCCUACUUUUUCACUUAUCAAGCUGCCUGCCAGUUCUUGGAGCGAAAUAAUCUUCUUUCGAUCAUUCGUGCACACGAAGCGCAAGAUGCCGGAUAUCGCAUGUACCGGAAGACAAAAAGCACGGGCUUUCCUUCUGUCAUGACGAUCUUUUCUGCUCCCAACUACCUCGACGUGUACAACAACAAAGCCGCCGUCUUGAAGUACGAGAGCAACGUGAUGAACAUUCGGCAGUUUAACUGCACGCCCCAUCCAUACUGGCUGCCUAAUUUCAUGGACGUGUUUACAUGGAGUUUGCCCUUUGUGGGAGAAAAAAUCACGGAUAUGCUUGUUGCCGUGCUAAACACUUGCAGCAAAGAAGAGCUCGAAGAGUCUGAUGAGGAAAGUGUGGUUUCACCAGUCGCCCACCCCGAAGAGGCAGUGGAGAGGCGAAAGAUCAUCAAAAACAAGAUCCUUGCAGUUGGACGGAUGGCGCGUGUGUUUGCUCUGCUUCGAGAGGAGUCGGAGAAGGUUUCAGAGCUCAAGAGCAUAUCUGGUUCUAGCAAGCUACCAUAUGGCACGCUGGCGUUGGGUACUGAGGGCAUUAAAGAUGCCAUUUCUGGCUUUGAAGACGCACGGAAGUCAGACAUCGAAAACGAGCGUCUCCCACCAGAACUUUUCGACGCUGAAGAAGCAAAGGCCUACCUGGCCCAAGCACAAUCUGGGUCGUUACCAACGACCCCAGCAGACUCCAUCGAGUCCCCUGUGUCUCCGACUGGUGCCGGCGGGGUAAUGGACCCUUCCAUGUCAUCGGGGUCGUUGCCGUCCUUACCCAGUCUCCCGAGUGGUGGACAGAUGGCGCCUCCGCCGCGCACCCCGUUCAAGGGCAGACAUGGGCGGCAGGCUUCGCUUGGGACGACGAUGACGAGUCCGUCGACGAGGCGCCGGAGUUUGGAGAGCACGAUUUCGAUGAUUCAGGAGGCGCUCGAUGGGAGGGACUUGGAGACGCAAGGACUUCCUGGAAAUGGUGCAUCCUAUCAUGGUGGGGGCGGUGGUUCUUCCCAUAGUUGAGUGGGAUCGAAGCGAUACUGUAUUAUCGAUAGUCUUUUUUUCCUAGUCGCUUUGAUGGAUUGCAA